GAUUGUAGCAAUUCUUAGACCUUUUGCUCUACCUUGUCCUCCGUUAUUGCGGUUCUUGAGUAGACAAAUCAUUAAAUUCACUCAAAGAAUUAAGCUCUAUAGUCCAACUAGCAUGGCCCUACCGCACCUCCUCUACUCCUGGAGCUUAUAUAAGAACAUGCAAGACACCCUCUUUGCACAUCUCAUCAGGCUUAAAGAAAUCUCUAACUGACUUCUUGCUUGACCCUGAUAUCUUUCACUCUUAUUUUCUUUGUUCUCUCCCAACUCUAAUUCGUCUCUUUUUUGCCACAUCUGCCGUUUGUAACAAUUUCAUAUAAUUCCCUCACUGUUAAGUUUCAUGGCAUCCAUGUCCUCCCAUGGCUUUUGGACUGUACAGCAAAACAAGGCCUUUGAAGAGGCUUUGGCUAAGUAUGACAAAGACACUCCAGACCGUUGGUACAACGUUGCCAAAGCCAUUAGUGGCAAGACAGCAGAGGAGGUGAAGAGGCAUUAUGAAAUCCUUGUGGCCGACGUCAAGCGCAUUGAGAAUGGCGAUGUGCCCUUACCAAACUAUCGCACAACUAGAGGUAAUUAUCAAGGUACCAUGAGUACUUACAUUCUGUAG